AUAAUUUGGCUUAAAUUUAUUCACAAUGUUCAAGAGUGGCCGUUGAUGUUGUACACAUUGAAAACUAUUGUCAUCUGGUACAAUAGUGUUUGGAAUUAAUUAACGAGUUUGAAUCAUUUUAAACGAGAGAGUCAUGUGACUUUAGCCGAUGUGUCAGGUUUACACGAUGAGGGUCCAUUUAAUUUUAGGUGAGAAUGGUUUUUUUUUCUAAUGAAUGUGACAAAGACGAUAGCUAUAGUGUGCUGCUGUCAUGUUAAAAAAAAAAUAAUAAUUUUUUAUUGGCUGAGGAUUAUUGUGAUUUCCAUGAUUUCCAUUGAUGUGCUUCUUAAGUUUAAUAUUUGAUGCUUUUGAUCACGUCACCCUAAAAUUUAAUUAAUUUAUGUGUAUUUAUUAAUGGUUAAUGUUAAAUAAGUUUCAAAUAUAUUUUUUCAAGAUUUCAUCCGUACAAAUAGAGACGAUUACCAUCAGGAUUAUUUCAAGUUUAAUAUAUUGGAGCAUUCAAUUAGGCCAUUCAGUUUUUAUUAAAAAAAUAUUGUUGAUUAGUGUAAACUUAGAGUUAGAAUUUUUAUUCCCCCCACCCCCCCCACUCUCCUUUUUUUCUGAGGCGUAGUUCGAGUGUUUAGAGCCCGGGGACAAGAAACAUUUUUAUACUCUCUUCAAGUUCAACUCUGAAACCAAUCAAUACAGUAGCAUCAAAGCCCAUGUUGGCGCCCCAAAUAGUCUUGCACCUGGGACAUCUUCCACCCUCUGAGCUACGUCUCCGCCCCAACACCGAAUUCCUAAUCAUAAUCAAAUGUCGGUUUACCUUUAAGUUUAAGUGACAUAACAAAGGUUGAUUGGGGGGGGGGUGGGGGGUGGGGGGUGGUUUGGGGGGGAUUGCAAGAUCAAAGUAGCAACCAAUCCGAUCAUAUCUACCAGUUGCUAUACUAUUGAUCUGACUCUGACUGAUCAAGUAUCUAUUAAUGAAUUAUCAUUGAUCUUUCGUCAUUUAUAUUUUUAACGUGGGUUCUCUGGCCUACUUUCUGUUGAAACACAGACUAUGAUGGGAACCAGCAAAUACUAUCAGAUUGUUUACGAAAGACGAGAGUGUUAGGUGGUGGCCCACUGGUACCUGCCUUGCAGAUCAACACGACAGUGUGACACGAGAUAAAGGAAGAUCGAUUAAAAACAACAACAACAAUAACCCAUAAAUAAACUGGACCCCUUCCGCUACUGCUUUGUGAAUUAAUCAAUAAUUCUUGCCGGUCCGUACAUUUUAAUGUUUGAGAAGCACUGGUUUAGGACACAUGACUUACAAUUCUCACUGUCAUCUUCUUAGAAAACGAAACAAACUUAUGGACUUUUUUUUAGUGUGUUCUUAUGAUACGUAAUAGAUAUCCUGUGUCUCACUCGUCUGGCCAUUUAGCGUGUUAUAUUUAAAUACCAAUUAAAAAGUAGGCCUAAUUUUGAUAUUUUUAUGAUAAUAGAUAAUAAGUCUAAGUCAAUAAUUUAUUUAUUGAUAUUGCAAGUAGGGCGUAGUCGUAGUGACAGUAGUCUACUAAGAUCUUGUUUUCGUGUCAGAGAAAAUUAAAAUUUGUUUUUAAACAGAAAAUAGUGUGGGCUUUAUAAAAUUUGAAUGAUUUAGUUUGAAAUGUGUGGCUACUGACUCAAAAUGCACUGCACUCUUACAACAGUAACUGGGUCAUGUUGAUAUCUUCACCAAUACACAGCGAUGUCGCAAGCAUAUACUACCGGUUCUCUGUGUCAAGGGGAACCACUGUGGGUAAGUAAAAGUGUCUGUGUAUAUAAAGUAGCCUCCCUUGCAUUAAUGCUUGAUGUGAUCUGUAGCUGUAAAUGAAGUGUUUCUUUUCAUGCAGUAACAAGUUUGAUGGGCUCCGUUACAUUGGUAAACUGAUGGAACUGCUUAUGUAUGGGUGUAUUUUAAUAGUAUUAAUGAAGGAAAGCAUCACCGGGGAUCAAGCCUGAAACUGAAAAUGGCGCCCCCCCCCCAAUUGUUUCAUCAAUAAAGAUAAAUGAUAGGAGUAUCCCAUCAUAUAUAUAAAUAUGGAUAAAUUACGAUUUAGGCAUCCUCCUGGGACUGGCGCCCGGGAUAUCACCCCUUCGCAUGGCCCUGGUUGGAGCACAGUACGUAAUGAUUAAUGAGCUGGAGCAAAGUAAGCCUUCUACUACCUACAGUCUAGUCUACGGUAUAAAUAUAAACACAUUAAGUGAUGGAACAUACUGCAGGUAGCCUAAUAACCAGAAAAGUGUGGUGGAGUGGAAUGACAAAGGAGGCUUAAAAUUAAAUAAAAUUUAUCUGGAUUACAAACCCUAGAUAUCAUUAACUUGGUUGCUAAAUAAUUCCCCUGAAAAGGCCAGAUGUCAGAUGUUUGUAUUCGUAAAAACUUUUACGAUUCAUUUUAAUUACAAAGGUAUUUAAGUAAAUAAGGUAAAUGAAUGUAACUUUUAAGUGUUAUAACCAGUUCAAAAAUGUUUAUAAAAGUGGAUGAAUUAUUUUUUUCGAUUAAGCCAUUUGAUCUACUACACAAACACAUUUUUAAAUGGGGUCUGAUUCGUGUUGGACCAAAUAUUUCAUGUUUAUUGCCAGGAUGCUGAGCUGACCUGGACCAACAAUACCUGGCCACAAUUUACAGAGUGUUUCCAGAAAUCUGCCUUAACAUGGGGCCAGUGUGGUCUACUGUGGCUGAUGGCACCCUUCUACGCCUAUCAUCUGUUGAUGAGGAAAAAAAACCUUCAACCGAUAAGAUUUCUUUUCUGUGCAAAGAUAGUGAGUUCAUACCCAUAAUUUAGGAAAAAUUUGAAUAUAUUUGACAAUAAAGUAUUUAAUUAAGAUAUGUUGUUUUUUUUUGGUUUUGGGGUGGGGGGAGGCUCCACUCAUACAGUUGACAUAAGGAGCCAAAACAAUCGGUGGGUGCCGUGGAUGGCCGUCCCUGUAGAAGGGUGCCAAAACAACCAUGGUGGGGGGGGGGGGUGCCAUAGCCAGAAAUUACAAUAAAUUUUAGUGAACUUAAUGUUUUCUUUCAAUUAAAAGUUAAAACAAUUGAAAUAAACAAAUUAAUUUUAAAGUAAUGCUAAUUAUUAUAAUAAUAUUUGACAGAUAAGAUUGUGAGUAGGGCUUCUUCAAAUUUUUAAUGAUUAGUUGUCUUUUACAUGGUGUAAUGUUAUCACUAGUUGUCUUGUUCGUGGUGUCAUGCUAACACUAGUUGUCUUGUUCGUGGUGUCAUGCUAACACAAGUUGCCUUGUUCAUGGUGUCAUGCUAACACUAGUUGUCUUUUUCAUGGUGUCAUGCUAACACUAAUUAUCUUGUUCGUGGUGUCAUGCUAACAGUAGUUGCCUUGUACGUGGUGUCAUGCUAACAUUUGUUGUCUUUUACAUGGUGUCACACUAACAAUAGUUGUCUUGUAUGUGGUGUCAUGCUAACACAAGUUGCCUUGUUCAUGGUGUCAUGCUAACACUAGUUGUCUUUUUCAUGGUGUCAUGCUAACACUAAUUAUCUUGUUCGUGGUGUCAUGCUAACAGUAGUUGCCUUGUACGUGGUGUCAUGCUAACAUUUGUUGUCUUUUACAUGGUGUCACACUAACAAUAGUUGUCUUGUAUGUUGUGUCAUGCUAACAGUAGUUGCCUUGUACGUGGUGUCAUGCUAACAAUAGGUGUCUUGUUCGUGGUUUCAUGCUAACACUAGUUGUCUUGUACCUGGUGUCAUGCUAACAUUAGUUGUCUUGUUCGUGGUGUCAUGCUAACACUAGUUGUCUUGUUCGUGGUGACAUGCUAACACUAGUUAUCUAUUUUUUGUUUUGGUCUUUUAGGUGGAGGUGGGAGGGGGUUGAUGGGUGGGGCACCAAGAUUAAGAAGUCAAACAGGGUGUAGAAAAGCCUAGUUUUGGCUCUGCACUAGGAUAACCAAUGAGACUGAUAGUUUAGUUAACUCAUAUAAUUUGAUGAAGGAGCCAUUCCAAGUAUAGUCAUAGUCUUCAUGUAUUGAGUUUGAUUUCUAUGAGAUACAGGUACUCAAAACCAAGUCUUUAAAAGUUGAUUUUAUAAAUUUGUACAGAGUAUUAGACAUGCAAUGAUAAGUUUAUAUUUAUGCUAAGGUUUAGCAUUAAUUAAUUUGAAGUUUUAAAAAUACCGUUGCAGUAUCAUUAAUUAUUGAAAUAAAUUAAUUUGACAUAUUUUACAUCAGUAUUUCAGUAUAACAAUUAAUCUGAUAAAAUUAAUUUGACUUUUUGUAAACAGUUUUUCAGCAUAACAAUGAUUGUAGUGAAUGUUGUGGAGGCUAUAGAGAAGUUCAGAUCAGUUACUUCCCUUGUUUACAAAGUGGCACCUAUCAUAUGGAUUAGCACCAUGGUUUGUAUCAGUUAGAUUUUUGUCAGUUUUCCUUUUUAAAGUAAUUGAAUUUGUCUCUCAGCUAGCAUAUGUACAUUUGAUCGGAUAGCGCAGACCCUUACAAAAUCUCUGGUAAAUUUUAAGCAAGUAAAAUACUUUAUUGUAGUUAAGAAUAGCCUACAUUGUAUGUAUACAUAAGCAUAUCUAGUUAUUAAGUUAAUAAAGUUCACACAGUGGACUUAUCUUUAGCUGUUACGAUCGUGUCAUUCAGUAAGCAUCUCAUGAAAACUGGUAAGGCACUGGGACAUAAGCUCAAGGGUAUUUAAUGGGUCUCUUUAUUGAAAUUGGGAGGAACUUGAAAAUGUUUUCUAUAGAUGAUUACAUUAAGAUUUCAUGCAUGACUGAUACUCAUGAUAGAGAGAUGAGAAGGAAAAACCAUCUCAGACCAGUUCCAAUCAUUGGUGUCAUAUAGCUCUUAUUUUAUUUAAUAAAGAUUAUUUGUCAUUAUUCACAUGGAUGCAAGAUAUAAUUUUAUUCCAUGGGUCUAAUUUAUGGAUUCUUUAUUUUAAUUAUUAAUAUUCAAUUGUUUUCAUUCCGUUAUUUAUUCAAUUUAUUUUACAGGUUCUUCAUUCAUGCCUUGUUUAUUCGGAGCGUUCCAGGAAAGUCACUAGGUCUCCUGUUUUGUUUAUUUUCUGGGCUGUUACUGCUAUAGCUGAACUCAUUCCAUUCUACUCGGCCAUCAUUUUACAGGUUUGUCAGUUAUGCAAAAGUUGAUCAUCAUAAUUUUACUUUCUUUUUACUCAGUUUUAAAUAAGAUGUUCCAAACUGCUUUCAAAAGCUAUAUCUUAAGGCUUGUUUUUUUAAAUUUUAUUUCUUUCCCCUCUUUCAGACUUUUGCUAAUGAUUCAUCACACUUUGCAGUUAUCUGUCUCAGGUUUUCAAUACCUCUUGUUUUUCUAUUGCUCAACUGUUUUCCUGAUUAUGUCAGAGAGAAGGACAAAGUGGUAAGAAAACCAAAAAUCAAUUAGAUUAAAAAAUGGAGAGAAGAAAAUAAUAUACUUUAUUGCAUGUGCAUUAUGUUUAACUGUCUUUGUAAUCAUUCUUUUAAAUCAAUUUGUUAAUGAUGUGUUAAUUAUAUCAUGUUAAUAAUCUAACUAACAUCAUCUGCCUUUACUCAGAUUUGUCUGUAAAUUUUGUUUAGCAUACAUUUGGAUUUUCAAGACUUGCAUUUAAUUUAGCAUAAACAAUAUCUGUAUAUGUUUUUGUUUAAAUAUCUUCUUAAUUAUUCUUCACCAAUGUCCCUACAUUUUGGAGACUUUAAGUUAAUUGCAAAUAAGUAUAAGUAAAACUAUAAGUCAAGUGCAUAAUCUACACUAAUAGUGCUUUCUAACAUAUGUUAAUUAAUUGUUAUUUUUUAUGUAAUGAGGCCAAAACUUUAUUGUUUUAAAUAUGAUUAAGUAAAAAAUAUUUCAUGUCAUUUAUUGUUUAAAUGAUAAUUAAUUAAUAAAAUGUAUUGCUCUGCUUUUAUUGUCUUUGUACAAAAGGGAAAGAGUCCUGAGAGUUAUGCCUCUUUGUUAUCCUGGCUAUCGAUGUCUUGGUUUAACAGGUGAACAAAAUAAAACUUUUAAGUCAUAGUUUAGAAAUAAUUUCCGUAUCAUCAUUUCUUCUGUGUAAAUAUAUGAAAUUAAUCAAUUUAAAACUGAGAUGCAUCUAUCCAUCCUAUUUUUGAUAGACCACUACAAAUAAUAGAAGAUUUUCAAAAAGAUUGUGUGAUAGCUGAGAUGGCUUGAAGCUUUAAACAUAUUGUUGAGCUUAGAAUUACUGAGGUCCCAUUGUUUUGGAAGUGUAAACAUAUUGUUGAGCUUAGAAUUACUGAGGUCUUAUUGUUUUGGAAGUGUAAACAUAUUGUUGAGCUUAAAAUUACUGAGGUCCCAUUGUUUGGAAGUGUAAACGUAUUGUUGAGCUUAGAAUUACUGAGGCCCCAUUUUUAUAAAUAAAUCUCAAUGUAAUAACAUAGAAAACAUUUUUUUUGCCAUUCUGUACUAGAGCAUUGGGAUUCAAGUUCAACUAAAGUAGAUUUUGAAAAAAAAAAAAGAAAACAAAUUUUUAUUAAUUUGUGGGCAGUUCUAAGACACAAUAAUUCAAUGCUUAAAUGUAAAAAUAUUUAAAGUCUAAAAAUUUUAAAUUUUAUUAAUCAUUAAAAGAAAAUGUGUAUACUUAAUACUUAUUAAAAUUGCAUUGUCUUUGUGGCUGAAAAGUAUCUAUAACAGUCAUGCACAGUUUUUUUGUGGUAAUAAUUUGGAUAAAAGAUGUAUAUUUACUUUUUUGUACCAUCUUUAUAAAUUUGAACUUUAAAUCAGUAGUUUACUUUGUACUUAUCUCAAAUAUUCUCAAUGCUCAGAUUGGCUUGGAAAGGACUAAGGACACAAAUCAAUGAUGUGGACAUCUAUCCUCUACACUACAGGGAUAAACCUAAACAAACUUUUGACAAGUUCAUGCACGCCUGGGACAAUGAAACCAACAAACUGCAAGGGCAUGUGUUCAUUAAUAAAUUCAAUGAAUUAAAGCUAUGGAACAGGGGUCUGCAACCUUUUCUAUGUUAGGAGCCAUUUUUAUGGAUAAUAUCUGCUAAGAAAAUAUUUUGGGAGCGGCUUGUCACAAUAGACUAGCGAAAACAGACCUGCAUCAAUUUGUUUGAAGAAUCACAUGUGGUUCCUGAUCCGCAGGAUGCCGACCACUUCCAUAGACUCUCUUUUUCAGCUUAAUAUUUUUAAACUUAUAACCAGACAAUUAAUGAUUUGACCAGACAAGCACGCACAAGGACAACUGAUUAUGUACAAGUUUUUAAAUAUUAAAAUAAUUUUUACUUCAGGACAGAACAAAAAUACAAACUUUCUGAUGACUGGGAAAAGGAAAUGCCAUUGUUACCAAGGAAAACAACUAUUCAACCAUCAUUAUCACAUCACUCCUUACCUGUAGAUGAAAAAGAUGGCUAUAACAUACCUACGGUGACAGUCAACAUGACAUCUUCUCAUGAAUCUUUGAAUGAACGCCCAACAGAUAUUUCUAAUGCAGCAGUCAACUAUUUUGAUCCAAGGAAAUUAGGCAAUGUUGAGACAGAAAAGCCCCAAGUUUCCUUAUGGAAAUUGAUGAUCAAAUGUUACUGGCUUGAGGCAGUCUCUGCCCAAUCUGGCAUGGUCAUGUAUGUUGUCGAACAUGGUUUUGGUCCCAUUGUUUUAGGGUAAGGUUCUAUUAUAGUUAUAGAAAUAAACAGUUAUCCUCUGAUAAGGGGAAAUUAGAGGUUAAGUUUAAAAAAGGAAAUCUCAGAGAAAAAAAAAAGUUAUCUUUUUUAAUUCAACAAAAAUAAAUGUGUUUUGAUUUUUAAAAAAAAUGUAAAUUAUAGAGAAAAAUCAAGUAUUUGUUUACUUUUAAAAGUAAUGUUCAACAUGCUGAUAUUUUAAAAAAAUGUUUGUUAGAAAUAUUCUUUUAUGUUUUAGGCUGCUGAUAAACUUUACUAAAGACACUUCAGAGCCAAAUUGGCAUGGUUAUAUUUAUGCAGCAACAUUCAUCUUUCUGAGGAUACUCUACAACGUUUCUGUUGUAAUGUCCAAAUGGUGCAAUAGCCGUUUUGCCUCUCGAACGCGUGGGGCAGGGAUAGCGGCUGUCUUUCAAAAGGCUUGUAACUUUGAUAAAAAAAUUUUGUUAUUGAAGAUGUGGAAAAAAAAUCUAUUAUCAACCAUUGUCUAUGGUUCUUGUAUGAAUUGAAAAUAUGAUUAUUAAUAUUCAGCUAUGUACAUGUUGAACAAUAACUUGAACUUAUUCAAAGAGAUAAUUAACCCUAAUCCUCAUUACCUUAUGUACAAAAAAACAACAAACCUCUGCCUCAAUGACUCAUGAAGCUCGCCCCCAAUGACUCAUGAAGCUGUCCCAAAUGACUCAUGAAGCUCUCCCCGACUGACUCAUAAAGCUCUCCCCCAAUGACUCGUGAAGCUCUCCCCCAAUGACUCAUAAAGCUCUCCACCAGUGUCUCAUGAAGCUCUCCCCCCACUGACUCAUGAAGCUCUCCCCCAAUGACUCAUGAAGCUCUCCCCAUAUGACUCAUGAAGCUCUUCCCCAAUGACUCAUGAAGCUCUCCCCAAUGACUCAUGAAGCUCUCCCCCAAUGACCCAUGAAGCUCUCCCCCAAUGACUCAUGAAGCUCUUCUCCCUACCCCCCCCCCUUCCUACCCCAUUCCCCAAGCUCUCCCCCACUGACCCAUGAAGCUCUCCCCCAAUGACUCAUGAAGCUCUUCUCCCUCCCCCCCCCCUUCCUACCCCAUUCCCCAAACAUUAAUUAAAAAUCUCUGCAUUACAUAUUAUAUAUAUGAACUUAUACUUCAGUGUCUCAAAUAAAAACCUCAUAUUUUUUUACUUAUUACUGUAGAUAAUAGUUUAUGGUUCCAAUGAUGCUUAGUUUAAUUAUUACCUUUUUAAGAUACCGGUACAACUAAGCAGCUGUGCAUAAAAUACCAUGCAAAUAAUAUUUUUACUCUAGUAAUUUAAAGAAAUUAAAGACAAUUAAAAUUUAAAAAUUCUUAUUAAAUUAGGCCUUGACAAUAAGCUCUGAAGCUCGUAAAGAAACAACAGUGGGCGAAAUUAUGAAUUUGAUGUCUGUAGACACUGGACUCAUAGAGACAAUGGUCUUUGGCUCAUUUUGGAGCUGGAUGUCAGUGGCUUUGAUAGCCAUUGGUAUCUACCUGCUGUAUACAGUUGUUGGCCUCACAUUUUUUGCUGGUAAUUUAAUGAAACAUGAUUCCUUUUUUUCUUUCACUUUUAGGUUUCUCACAUUUAUUUGGGCUCAUACAAAAUAAAUAUUAGCUUAUCAAUACAUGAACAAAAGCUUUGUAAAAUGUUCGAAAACUGUUAUUAAUUUAAUGUUUUUAAAUUUCUUCAGUUUAUUUUUAAAGAUGCAAGUUGUUUAAAAAAAACUAAUUAACAUAGACUAUGAUGAAUAAUCUGACCUAAUAAACUGACCUCAGGUUUGGCCCUCAUACUGUUAUUUUUUGGUGUCAACAUUGGGGCAGCACAGAAGCUGAGUGAGUUUCAAGAGAAGAUCAUGGUAAUAAAAGAUGAGAGGAUUAAAGCAAUGAAUGAGAUGCUUAAUGGAAUCAAGGUUUGCUUUGAAGUUGACUCUUAAAGACUAAAUGAAGGAUCCAAAAAUUUUUUGUUUACAUUUUGGGUUGAGACAAAUUUAAUCUUUAAUUUUUUAUUUUAAUAAGCUUCUUACACAAUGAUGAGGAUUUUAAAAGAAAAUAAAGUGUUAACAUUACAUUUAAAUAUUAAAGCAAUAUUUGUUCCUCGAAAUGAAAAACUGAAUUUUAAUGCCAAACCGAAUUUAAUUGUAUUUUAAAACAGGUUAUCAAGUUGUAUGGCUGGGAGCCCAUGUUCAUUAAAAAAAUUCAAGAUAUUCGAGAAAAGGAAUUAAAGAUUUUAUUGAAGUGUUCAAUCUUGGCUGGAAUUGAGACUUUUGCCUGGCAUGUUUCAAUGGUUUGGGUAUGUUAGACUUCUGCUAAUGAUGAUAAUUAAAGUACUGUGAUCAUUUCUUUCAUUAGACCCAAUAACACCAGACUUUGAGUUGUAUAAGCUUUCAAAUGAACAUAAUUUGUGUAAAAACAUUCAUUUAGCUGAGGGCUUUAAAAUUAGGAGUUAUUUACAUACUUGCUUAGAUGAAUCCUGCAAGGCAUUGAUUUCAUUUCUCACCAGGCUCUAUAUAUGAUGUUGGUUACUUUUGUUAUGACCUCAGAUGACCAUUACUUGGCUGCCACAACCUUAUUCCUGACACUGAAUUAUAAUAACCUUGUUAAAAUUGGCAUCAACAUGCUCCCAAGUUUUAUUACUGACUUUGUAAAGGUAAAUUUUUCAAUAAAUGUUUAUGUGUGUACACAUUACAAAUUUCUAAAUUUAGGUCCUUCAUUAAAUACGUAAAAUUUCUUCCCCACCAUCUUCUGUGGAUCCAGGAUGGAAGUUAUACUUCUGUGGUAAAUGUAACAUUCAGUUGAAGUUACCAUUCUAGAUUGUGGAAUAGAGAGUACGCCUUGUGCAGACAAGCUGAUGUUGAGGGGUCAUUUUGUCAAGGCUUCAACUUGGGCAUCUGCUAUACAAUAUAUAUGAGUAUGACAUGAUAGCUACAUGUGUUAUAUGUAAACAUUACAAGUCAACAUGAUCAAUUAAUUGAUCGUGGGCCCUCUAAAAUAGAAGAAGAAGAACAUUUUAUCUAAAAGUAAAUCUUAAACUCAUAACUUGGAAAAGAUAUGUGAGCAAAUGUGCAUGGUCUCCACACACACAAAAAAAAGUUUAAUUAAAAAACUUUAAAGUCUCACUCAUGCUCCCUUCCAGCCUGGGUUUGAUCCUGCAAUGUUAGUUUUAAAUUACAAUUCUACUCUAUUUUCACCAUAAAAUGAGAAAUAUGCCUUGAACAGUAACUAAUUAUUUUAACAAUUUUUAAAGAGGCUCUAUAGUGAUACAAGAUCUGAUUUCUUCUAAUUAGCUUCAAUGUGAUUGUUCCAGUUUUUUACUUCAACAUAUAGAGUUAUUUUUAGCCACCACACUUCUCACCUGCUAGUAUGGCCUUGAUAUUAACAUCACUGAGUAAAUGUUCUGUGUCUUUCCUGACCCAUUCCUCCCUUGGUUGGGAAAAGGUUGUUUACAUUUGAAUGCAUUUAUUUAUUCUAAAUGAUGCUAUUAAAAGGGUGCAAUUUCUAGAAUUUCUCUACUAGAAUGUUCUGAUUUGGUUCCUAUAAAUAAGCUGCCUGCUGUCUUAGCAGAGAGACCGAUAGAGAGUCCAAGGGAGAGAUUUUUGCUAUAUGAGACAUUAUAUAAUUGUAUGUGUGUAAAUUAAUAUUUCUAUUUUUGAGGAGUAGGCCUAUAUCUUUUUUCACUUGCUAUAAGUUGAUAUAGUUAAUUGUUUUUGCAUUCAAAUUUUAAUUUGUAUAGAAAUUUAAUAGUAUGAUUAAAUGAAAGAUUGUUAGUAUCACUAGCUUUGGUAUCGUUUCUUUGCAUAUGUUUUUCUCAGUCCUUUGUUACCUAUUGUUUAUUAUAAGAGUCAAAUCUUAACAUAGCUUAAAUCUUGAAAACUGUAACAGUACACAUCAGUGAUAUUCCUUGGUUUGUAGUUAAAAAAACAACAACUGAUUAGUGAUUUGUGUCUCGUGCCUAUACAUAUUUAAGAUAAGAAACUAGGGACAUUUGCCCCUUCACAGCCCAAACACCUCUAACUUGCUUGAGUUUUACAAAUAGUGUCUAGUCCUCAAAAAUUGAUCGUACCAGUAUUUAUUUAGAUUUUUGCAGAGAUCUAUCGGCAAUGACAACUUUGUGCUGGAGGUAAUAGCUUAGUAACAAAUUAUCCACCAUUUUAUUUAAAUUUUCCCAGGCUAGGAAUUCAAUCAAAAGGCUGAACAAAUAUUUAAACUCUGAAGACAUCAACACAGUUAACUUGAUAAGGAACAAAACAGAUCGUAAGUUGCAUUAGUCUCUCUUCUAAUCAAGCCCAGAUGUUUUCCCUUCAUUUUUUUUCAAAAAUCAAAGACCAAGUUUUUGUAAUAAAUUUAUACAAAGAGGAAAUAUAAACUUUUUAAAACAAAGAAGGUAUGUACAUUGAUGGAAAUUGAGUAAUGUUAUUUUCAUUUUUUUUAUGAAUAGGAUUUAGACCUUUUAAAACUCCCCUAUAAUUUAAAUUAUAUUCACUCUUGUCAUAUUUUUUUUGUAGCCUUGGCUGUAAGGGUAGAAAAUGCUGACUUUACUUGGAACCAGUCUGAACCAUGCACUCUUAACAAGUGAGAAAUAUACAUUAUAUAUAAAAUUACAGGCAUCAAAAUAUAAACAUUUUAAUAAAAGGUUGACAAUGAAAGGCCUAAUUAUAUGUCCUAUCCUAGAAUAAGGGAUCAUCUGUUUCUUUGUUUUUAUUAAUAUCCCCCCCCCCCCUCCCCAACUAAGCAUACAUGAUCUUACCAUAUUUGUUUCAUUAUAUAGAAAACAUAUUUGAAAUUCUGAUUAAAAGAAAAUUUAAUAAAAGGUUGACAAUGAAAAGGCUAAUUAUAUGUCCUAACCUAGAAUAAGGGAUCAUCUUUUUCUUUGUUUUUAUUAAUAUCCCCCCCCCCCUCCCCAACUAAGCAUACAUGAUCUUACCAUAUUUGUUUCAUUAUAUAGAAAACAUAUUUGAAAUUCUGAUUAAAAGAAAAAAAAAAGAUAAAGUUCAACUAUCCUUUUGGGAAUAAUGCUCUAUUUAUUUUUACAGUAUUAACCUUUCUGUGGAAACUGGACUAUUGGUGGCUGUCGUUGGGACUGUAGGCUCUGGCAAGUCUUCUUUCUUAUCUGCACUGCUAGGGGAGAUGCACAAACUCAAUGGAUAUUUUAAUCUUAAUGUAAGAUUACUUUAUUUAAGUUUUGCAUAGCCACAUGUUGCUCUUCAAUUUUUUAACUUGUAAAAGAAGGGAAAAUUUAUAAUCGAAUAAUAACAUAUUUGAAUACUUAAUUUUAAUCAUCUGAAAUAGAUUAACAUAUAAGAUAAAUUAAAAUUAACCAAACAUACAAGAUAAAUUAAACUUAACCAAACACAUAUGAUAAAUUAAACUUAACCAAACACAUAAGAUAAAUUAAAUUUAACCAAUGUUCUUAGUUCUGAUUUUAGGUUAAUAAAUCAUGUUUUUUCUGAAUCUCUAAUGAUGAUAAACUUAAGUAAUUCAUUUCUAUCUCAUUUCAUUAGUCAUUUUUCAAUUUUAAAAUUAAAAUAGUUUUCAGCAUGUGAAGACAAUAAUAAUAAUUUCCAUCUCAAUCAGUUAAAUUCUCUUGAUUGUAUUAAAUUCAUUCUCAAUGCUCUUUUUUUUUUUUCAGUCUUCAGUGGCAUACGUCCCGCAGCAAGCUUGGAUUCAGAAUAACACUGUAAGAGAGAAUAUUUUAUUUGGUCGCCCGUAUGACCGUCAGUUUUUCCAACAAGUGAUAAGUGCAUGUGCCCUGUUACCCGACCUUGACAUGAUGCCAGCAGGGGAUCAAACAGAAAUUGGAGAGAAAGUAAUCUGAGAAAAUUAUAAAUUUUUAACAAAAAAUUUCAUUAUGAUCAAUAAUAUAAAGAAGGUUGAAGUCCCUCCUUGCUUCAUUUACUAAAUAAUAUAAAAUUCUUUUCAUUAAUAAAAGUGCACCCACUUAUUCUUAAUUUUAAAAAAUAAUAGGUUAUAAUAUAGUUAUAAUAAGUUUUAAAAAACAAAAUAUUUUUAGGGAAUCAAUUUGUCGGGUGGUCAGAAACAACGUGUGUCCCUUGCAAGAGCUAUCUACAGUCAAGCAGACAUUUAUUUAAUGGAUGACCCACUCAGUGCAGUGGACAGCCAUGUUGGGAGGCACAUAUUUGACCAAGUGCUUGGUAAAAGUGGAUUACUUAGUGGGAAGGUAAAUAACUGUGUUGCCAUUUAUUUUAUAUCUAAAAUUUCUUUUAUUUUUGUUGAGUGCACAUAUUUUUAUAUAUUAUUUUUAAAUUUACUUAUUAAAAAAACAAAACAAAAAAAAACAUGUAGUCAUUGAUCUAUUUUAAAAAUGUAAAUUAAAAUGUUUAGAGUAAUCCAAGGAUAUCUUGUUAAAAACGCUGGAUCUUAAUGACGCAAGAAGACCCACAACUAUUUCACUUAUUAUGUUCACAAAUUUAAAAAAAAAAAAGUGAUAUUUUCUAGUUAAAUUAUUUGAGUCCUGAAAUAUAAAUGUUGGAAUGUUAACAUUUUCAUGAAUAAAAAGCUUUUAAUAACUUAUCUAGACCAUAAUAUUAGUGACCCAUGGAAUCCAUUGGCUCAAAGCAGUGGACCACAUUGUAGUGAUGUCGAACGGAACGGUAUCUGAAUAUGGAUCAUUUGAAGAGCUCCUCAGUCACAAUGGAGCUUUUGCUCAGUUUCUCACUCAGUAUUUGACUCAAGAAGCUGACACUGAAAGUUUGGAGGAUGAAGAUAUAGGUGAGAUAUGGGACCAGUCUUUUUGUCAGCUUCCUUUUUUUUUCUUUGUGUCUAGAUUAUAAAUAGAACCAAUGAAUUACAGAGUUAUAAAAAGACCAUAGGUCAUUCUUGCUUGGUUAAGACUCUAAAAAUAACUACACAUGGAAAAUUACAGCUUGAUAACAGAUUUGGACGUUUUUAUGCAUAUCAAGAAACAUUAAUACGAAAAAAUAGUAUGCUUGGAAAGAUUCUGCAAGGGCUGACUACCUUAAACAAGUGUAGAUUUUAGAGUCUGGCCAGUGGUCAGUAUUAAAUGAUUAUUCUGCAUCAUUACUUUGAAUACUUUGAUGCAAAGAGGCCAAUCUUGACUUCAAAAUAUAAAUUGUAACUAACUGACCUAUAGUGGCUAUUAGUUGCACCAUAGCGUAUAUCUUUACACAGCUUUAAAGCUUUCUAAAAUAAAAAUAAUUUAAAUUUCUACCAAUUUUGAUUGAUCUCCAUUCCUUCAAAACUAUAUUGUUUAUAAGAUUUAUCUGUUUAGUAGAAUUAACAAAAUGUGCAGCUUCAUCUUAAUGUAUUAAUAUUUAUUAAAAUACUUCAUUUGCCUAAACAAUAAAUUGAUAUUUUAAUUCAUGAUUGAUACCUAGAGAUCAAAAGUGACAUUUUGCGACGAUUGGUGUCAGUGACAAGUGAGAGUGACGACAGUGUCAUUUCUGAAAAAGUUGCCGAAUACAAAAAGUCCUUGUCUGGGAGUUUGAUGAGACUCAACACUGGAGAAGUCAGACAUCGGAAAUCCAGGUGUGUUGCUUCAAGAAUCUGUGAAAUACAAUCUAAGAAACAGUUUUCUCAAUUAAAAUUUGUAGAGAUGCCUUAAAAAAAACACAAAAAGGCAAGUCCUAUUAAAAAUACAACCUCAAAUCUGAAAAAUAAAUUUCAAUGAUAUUAGUUUUCCAUAUAUUCUUAUGGUUCUAAAAUAUGAGUGAAAUUUUCUGUUAGUGAUAACUGAUAAGAAACUUAAGAAAUAUAAUGUUUAAUAAAUUUUUGGAUGAUAUCUUACUGUGCAGUUAGAUUGGGAUCGGUAGACAAAAAAAAAAGAAGUAUUUUCCUUGAAUGCUGGAAAGCUAGCCUGCAUUAGGACGUCUGGAAUGUGAAUUCCAUUAUAAAUUUUUCCAGUGUUCCCUAAACAAUAAUUGUAAUUAUUACUUUGAUGACAAAUAAUAAGAAUUAUGUUUUUUUUUAAAAUCUCCUUCCUCCCACUCUAGUGAAAAGUCUUCGCACUUAAAAUCCAGUGAGAAGCUAGGAGAUGUUGAACAGAUUUUGAAACAAGCUUCUCAAAAUAACAUCAACAAAACAACAGACCAGAGCCGUCUAACAUCUGAUGAGAAAAGGCAAGAGGGAAAGGUAUAGAGACAAAAAUCACUUUAGUGAGGAGACUUUCAAUUUUAUGGUCAUAUAUAGUGACUGAAAUUAACAUUGGUAAACACUUGGUUUGUGUUCCUUUGCCUUUUAAUAUCUAAGAUUUAAUUAAGUUUUAUUCAUUGGAGGCCAAUUAUCCUUGAAAUUUUUGCAUACAGUCUACUAAUUGAAAUGGGGAUGUCACUGUCACAAGUCUUUGUAUUGUAAAGGAUUAAUUAAGUAUUUUUAAUUGAAUUGCUAACAUGUGACUAUAUUUUCACAAGGUCAACUGGUCUGUUUAUUGGCAACUCAUCAACAGCCUGGGACACCGCAAUGCUGUGAUAAUAUUUGCUCUCUUUGUGUGUUACCAAGUGAUCUUCACCUUCUGCAACUUUUGGCUGGCUGGCUGGAGUGAUGAUGCUCAACUCAACAACUUCACAGCACUGCCAGCAAACAGUACAGAGAGAGAGGACAGAAAUGUCUAUUACAUUGGCGUAUUUUCUGGCCUUACGAUUUUAGUGUGUAAGUAACAUGAUUUUAGUGUUUAAGCAACAUGAUUUUAGUAUGUAAGUAACAUGAUUUUAGUAUGUAAGUAACAUGAUUUUAGUGUGUAAGUAACAUGAUUUUAGUGUGUAAGUAUCAUGAUUUUAGUGUGUAAGUAACAUGAUUUUAGAGUGUAAGUAACAUGAUUUUAGUGUGUGUGUUUUAUUAUUUUUAUUUUGUUAUACUUUUGCUGUCUAAACUUUACAGUCUUUGUAUGCCUACGUGGUUUUGAAAAAGCUACCAUUUAGUUUUCUUUAAAAAAAUCUCAACUUAAAUAUUUUUCUCUCUCAUUUAGCUGCAUUUGACAUUGCAUACGCCAUUGUGUUUCAAAUUGGACAUAUCAAAGCUUCACGAAAAUUUCACACGGAUCUAUUGAUGAGCAUCAUGCAUGCACCAAUGUCAUUCUUUGAUACUACUCCAAUCGGCCGCAUCUUGAAUCGGUUCAGCCAAGACAUUGACAUUGUGGAUAAUAACAUUUUUGUGGAGAUUGAGACGGUUCUGGAUGUUAUGUUCAGAUGUUUAACCACUUGCAUCAUCAUAAGUUAUACCAUGCCGAUCUUCCUCUCUGUUGUUGUACCAGUGGUCAUUGUUAUCUACUUCAUUCAAGUAAGUUGAAAGUCUGGAACACAAAACAAAACAAUUAUGCCUGCUUGGCUUCAAAUAUAGGGACACUAUAUAAAGCUUUUCUUUAAGGUCAUUGAGUUUUCCCUGCUACCAUAUUUAUUAAUUAACAAACAGUUUAAUAGUAAUAUUACAUUUUAUAAUUGGGCAAUAAUAACAUUGCUGAGAGUCAUUUUCUGAAACUUUCUUCACACAGUUACAUGCAUGCCACAUUUUUUAUAAAUGACAAUAUUUUACAGCAAAUUUACAUAAGGACAUCGUGUCAGCUCCGUCGCAUCGCAUCCAACAACAGAUCUCCUGUGUAUGCCCACUUCAGUGAAGCACUGUCCGGAGUUAGUGUCAUCAGGGCUUAUCAGGCACAGGACAGAUUCAUUGCUGACUCACUUCAAAAGGUGGACAACUUUCAGAAAGCCCACUUAGCUUCAAAAGCAUUGAACAGGUAAAUUAAUCAUUGAACAGUUUACAUGAUAUUUGAACAGGUAAAUUAAUCAUUGAACAGUUCAAAUGAUCAUUGACCAGGUCAGUUGAUCAUUGAAUAGGUCAAGUGAUCAUUGAACAGGUCAGUUGAUCAUUGAAUAGGUCAAGUGAUCAUUGAACAGGUCAGUUGAUCAUUGAAUAGGUCAAGUGAUCAUUGAACAGGUCAAGUGAUCAUUGAACAGGUCAGUUGAUCAUUGAAUAGGUCAAGUGAUCAUUGAACAGGUCAAGUGAUCAUUGAACAGGUCAAGGGAUCAUUGAACAGGUCAAGUGAUCAUCUCUCAUCAAAUCAUUUUAAUACUGUUUAGAGAAUAAGAACUUAAAACAUUUGAUGUUAUUUUGUUAAAAACCAUCUUGAAACUUUAAUUAUUCAAAUAGAUAUUGGUAAAAAGCCUACAUUUUUUUCUUGUAUCCCAUUUACAUUUUACAAUUUUUGUAACCAAGACAUCUGUUAGGUUUUCAACGGUUAAUCUAAAUUUUUAUUUUAACCACAAAACAAAACAUUUUUAGAUGGCUUGAGGCUCAUCUCAACAUGGUCACUUACCUGAUUGUUGGUGCUUCUGUCCUGUUUGCUGUCAUGUCCAGAGAUGUUUUAUCCCCUGGUCUUGUGGGCCUUGCUAUUACCUAUGCUCUAAAAGUAAGGAUAUUUUAAGAUUUUUCUCUUAGUCAUAGUCUUAGUUCCUCCCACAAAGUGCAGUGCAUUGGACAACAUGUAUUAUUCAGUCCCAUAAUGUGUAGUGCAUUGGGCAACAAGUCUUAUUCAGUCACACAAUGUACAGGGUAACUAGUCUUAAUUCCUCUCAUAAUGUACAGUGCAUUUUGCAAAAAUAAUGUAGCCUUGCUAUAUACUAGUUUCAAUUUCAAAAAUUCAAUCUGUUCAUCAAUCUGUUUUCAUACAGCUUUUUGAUUUUAAAAUAAGUUUUUAGAGAUGUUUGUUGCAUUUUUUAAAACCGUGUUCCUAUUACAUCUAUUUUGUAAAUUGUGUGCAUGUAAUAAAUUCAUUAAGCUUCAUGAGUGUAAAUUAAGGCCUAUUGAAUUUUUAAGCAGAAAUUUGUACAUUGCUCAUUUAAGUCCUAGCAAUUAAAACUGUCAUGGAUGACUUAACUCCCAUAAUGAAAACUCCCUUUAUUUGACUCCAAAGUUUGAACCUUUUGAUUGUUAUUGUCAUCAAAUGUACAGGUGUCUUCUGACCUGACUACAGUAACCAUGGUUUUUGGGAAUCUAGAAAAUCACAUUGUCUCAGUGGAGAGGAUCUUAGAAUAUUCAACCAUUGUGAAAGAAGUAUGACAAUGUCUUAUUAUUUUAUAAAGUUACUUUAUUUUACUUUUAUUAUUUUUAUUAUACUAAAUUUAUUGUAAAUAAAUUAAAAACAAAAAAAUUGCUUAAUUGUUUGUCCAAAUUUUUCACAAAAGCUGAUUGUCAUUUCAGGAUUUUUACUUUCCUAUGAGUCUCAUGUUUGUAGAUCUGUAAAAAAAUAACGCUCUACACAAAAGACUUAACCUCUCAUUUGAUGCAAUGUAGAGAGGUAUUUAAGUGGCCAACUUCAAGACUGUGCUGAAAAAAACAACAAAAACAAUUUAAAAAUCCUGAUUCUGUGGUCUAAAUUAUGUUUAGUUCCCCAAACAGAGAUCAAAUAAAUGUCAUUGGUCUUGAGUCAAAAUCUAGAGUUUAUUUAUCAAUCUUUUCAUGAAUGAUUGACACUUUGAUUCACGUAUCCCAGCCUCAGUGAUGUUCACAAAAAUAAUAAUAAUAAAUGUAUAUACUUAUUUAAAAUAAUGGUGUUUCUUUUUUAAAAGACAAGUAUUUUUUUUUUACUCAUUCGCUUAUUAGAAACACCAAUUAUUUCACAUUGUCUGUUCCUGCCUGGUCAAAGUUUUCUCAACCAUCCUUACUGUAUGUAUGGUUAAUCACAUUUGUGCCGCCCUUCAUAUAUACAAUAAUAAUUUGAUCAUGUGUAUUAAUAUUAUCGAUGUAUGUAAAAUUAGGAAAAACUUUCUCCUUGUCAGCUACGUAACCCAUCAGAUCAAUAUUCCUCAUUUUAAUGCUGCAUAAACUAUGUUACCUACAGGCACCUUGGGUGGCCCAGCCUGUAGAUGAUGAGUGGCCCUCCAGUGGAAAACUCCAAUUUGUUAACUACAGCACGAGAUACAGAGAAGGUCUUAAUUUGGUUUUGAGGGGAUUAAAUUGUGAAAUCAAGGCAGGUGAGAAAGUAAGUAUGAAAAAAUUAUUAAAAAACGAGGACUAGUUAAAAAAAAAAAAGCCCUAAGAAAAAACAACACUGGCUUAAUGUCAGGCUCAUCUUCUGGUACACUUCCCUAAACAACACUGACUUAAUGUCAAGCUCAGCUUCUUGAACACUUUCGUAAACAACACUGGCUUAAUGUCAGGUUCAUCUUCUGGUACACUUCCCUAAACAACACUGGCUUAAUGUCAAGCUCAGCUUCUUGAACACUUUCGUAAACAACACUGACUUAAUGUCAGGCUCAUCUUCUUGAACACUUUCCUAAACAACACUGAAUUAAUGUAAGGCUCAUCUUCUGAGACAUAAUUUUCAACACAAAAAAUACAUUUUUAUGUGGAUACGGCCUAAAUCAUGUAUUUGUAUCCAUAAAUCAUAAUGUUUACACAUGAUAAAUUGAAGAGAAAAAUAGUACUUUAAACAGAAUGUUUAUCAGCUUCAAAAUAAACAUUAAAAAAGCAAGCAGUUAAAUGAGUAACCUUUGUCAAAGAUUAUGUUGUCUAAAUAUUCCGAUGACGAAUAUUUCGUCUAACCUUAUGUCAGACUAGUUUGUUUCGGAUAUCAUCUCUCACUUGGUUACAACACUGACUAGUUUAAUUUAUACCGUAUGUGUAUAAAUUAACUCAAACACUCAAUAGUUCAUUGUUACUAUGCGUUUAUUUCACUGAACUAAACAUCCACUUGGUACACAAUGAAGUCACUAACUAAUUACAUCCAGCAGAUAAUAUUAUCCGGCAAAAAACCCCACAGAAAAUUUAAACCAAAUUAUUCUCUCUCUCUAGCUCACUCUGGUGAUCAAAAUCGUUGUCUCCCUUUAUAACCCCAAAAUUCAUGCACCUGUCCUUGACAUGAAAAGAGUUCACACGCGUUCACUAAACUUAACUGUCAACAUCACCAUACACACUGCACGUCUGAUUCCAACAUGCUUGUAUUUUGGUAGCUUAUUUUCCUCAUUAAUAAAUUUUCAUUGUAUUUAUUAAAUGCUACUUUGGAUAUAAACUGUUAUUUGAAGGUUGGCAUUGUGGGAAGGACAGGGGCAGGUAAAUCAUCUAUGAUGCUGUCCCUGUUUCGUUUGAUUGAAGCAUCUGAAGGAAAUAUUAUUAUUGAUGAUUUGGACAUAUCAAAGCUAGGACUUCACACCCUGAGGAGGAAACUGACCAUUUUGCCACAGGUUAAAAACGUUUGACUAACAUCAAAAUUUCUGAAAAAACUAAUAUUCACUAUUUUAAAAUUUCUAAUAUGUAGAUUUAUAAUUAAUGAACUAUUCCUUAUAAAAAAAAUAGCAUAAUUUGAUAACAAAGGGUUGAUCAUAAUAUUAAAAUAUCAAUGCUGUCUUUAAAUUUAAAAAAGUGUUAUCAAUAUUCAUUAAAAUUAUUCUCAAUUCACAACUUUAGGACCCUACUUUGUUUGCUGGGAGCUUGCGUAUGAAUCUUGACCCUUUUAAUGAAAAAUCUGAUGCUGAUUUAUGGAGGGCACUGGAACAUUCUCAUUUAAAAUCUUUUGUUGAAAGUCUUCCUGAAAAGUUGGAGAAUGAAGUUGGAGAAGGGGGACAGAACCUAAGGUAUGUACUUGAAUUAAAUUAUUACCUUACCAAGGGGCAUCAUUAAACAAAAUCUCUUAAUUUCAUUUCUAUUCAUAUACAAAUAAUUCAUGUUACUCUUAGCAUGGGACAGCGACAGCUCAUCUGCCUCGCCAGGACAUUGCUAAGGAAGUCUAAGAUAUUUAUUCUUGAUGAGGCAACUGCCGCUGUAGACAUGGGGACAGAUGACCUCAUCCAGAGGAGCAUUCGUGAAGAGUUUGAAGGCUGCACAAUUCUAACAAUUGCACACAGAUUGAAUACAGUAUUAGAUUAUGACAGGUAAAUUAGUAACUUCUUGUUGUAAUCUUGUUCAAUUUUAUUAAUGCGCGAGGUGUCUUACCUGUAAUUAGCAGCAUGACCCCACCUGCCAUUACUAGCAAUAUACACAGGACUUACUCUCAAGCUCUUAACCUCAUUGGCGUGUGGUGUCUUACCUGUAACCAGCAGAAUUACCCCCCCCACCUGUUAUUAUUAAAUUAGCAAUAUACACAGGACUUACUCUCAAGCUCUUAAACUCUUUGGCUAGUCAUAAUUAGUGAAAGUAUGAUUAUUUUGUUUAAAUUGAAAACCGUUCAUUAUAUUACAGUAUUAAACUUGAAACCAUUUUUUUAAAUGAUAAAAAUAAGAUCUUCUCUGAUAACUGACUUCCUAUUAUUAUAUCUACAGGAUUAUGGUGCUAGACAAUGGACAAGUGGUAGAAUAUGAUUCACCUAAAAACCUUUUAUCCAGACCUGAUUCCAUCUUCUACUCAAUGGCUGCCCAAUCUGGUCUUGUCUAGCUUAUUGUAUCACAAUGCAAACACCCAGACUGGGAGCUCACCAUUAUAAUACUAAUGUAUUAUCAGUCCUGACAUGUAAUUAGUCAAUAUUAAUAUCAUGAAGCAAAUAUUUCUAUUUCAUUUAUUAAAAAAAAAUAUUAUCUUUGUUUAUCCAUCUUGUCCUGUAACCAAGUUUAAAAAUAUUUGAAGUAAAACCCAUUGACUUUUAAAAUCUGACUAAAAUCAAAUGAAUAGCAAUGCAGCAAUGUCAAAGAUGAACUAACAUGUAAAAAAAAAAAAUCUCAUUACAUAUAUUUGAAAUUGAAUUAUGAUUUUGGUCCAAAGGGAAAUUUUUGUGAUUUUAAAGUACAUAUAGUAGAAUGUGUUAUAAUUUUGAGUGUAUCAUUGAUUGUCAAUAAAUGUUAUUAAUUAAUUAUCAGUUUCUGCCUUGUGGGCAGAAUUUUUAUACAAUUUUCUGUGUCGAUUCUUAUAUAUAAUAUUCUGUAUACAACUUGAACUAAGUAAAGACAUUUAUAUGGGUUGCCAAGAUGAAGUUGUCAAUUUAUGUAUAUGCUAGUUAAAAAAAUAUGAAACUAUUAUAUUGUUUCGUCAUAUUUUUAUAAAAAUAAUGAUUUUAUUGUAAUGAGGCUGAAAAUUUGUUUUACUCUAGUCGGUCAUGACAUGUUGAACUUUAACUGUAUUUUCAUUACAAUUUUAUUAUUCAGGUUUUGUUUCUAAGAUUUUUGUAAUUUCCUCAUAAUAAUAAUUUCAGACACAUUUACAUAACAUGCUGGUCGGCUGUUAAGAUUUUUAUUGCAAACAAUGAUCUUAAAAUAAAAUAAAUUUACAAAA